AAGACAUCACCGCUGGUCUUCUGUGGCCUGCCCUCAGUACUAUCUCACCACAAUCCAUGCUCUAUCUGGUCGUCUUCUUGUGCCAGGCCAAUCCAGAAGCGAUGACGCAGCCCUCAACUCAAUCUUCACCACGGCCAACAACGGCACACAAUGCUACAUAACCAUGUUCUGCCCGCUUCAAGCGACAAUUCCUCCUAUGCUCUCGAUGGUCCAGGGCCAGAGCAGCUCUCACAGCCACUAAACAAUACCGUCCCACGCCCACCACAGCAGUAUCCUCCCACGUUUCAUACAAGGGAUGCUUCACUGCCCCGAGGCAGAUCCCAACAGUCCGCUUCACAAAAUAACCAUGGUGGUACAUACGUGUCUUCGUCCCGCGCGACCUCAGUUCAGCCCAACCCCUCAGACACAGCUUUAGGCGCCGGCCGCGCCCCUCCUCCAGUCGACACAAGCCUACAACGACGGACAUCGAACAACUAUGGCCACCAUCGCCAGACCUCUGUCAUCCAUGGACUGCAACACUCUCGCAGCCCCAGUUUCAACUCUCCUCCCUCCGCAAGUCCCAUUACCCCCGAGCCAAUGGCCAGCGGGCCUGUCCAUACUCGAUAUCCACCCACCUCUCGCCGCGGGCAGUACUCCAAUGCAGAAUCCACUUCCGCUUUUCAAAGCCCGACGUCACCUCAUCAGAAUCACACCCAAGGCCAUUCGAUUGAUACUUUGAUCGAUGUUCCUGGCCCUCAGCCAGAACCCAUGUAUGCUCAGCCUAGGAGACGGAAAGAUCAGUCUCGCACGAGGCGCGGCCACGGAUACCAAACCUCCAACCCUCCCACAGAACCACGAACUCCGGGCGAAUAUGCUCUACACCAUUUGUUUCAUGCCUUCGUCUUUCGUGCUGAUCAGAGGAUAAGUCACUGUGUUUCCAUUCUUGAGACUUCGCCGGCACCUGUCGAGCAGGCCUGUGCUCCUGGCGUCGAUGUUGCUUUUGACCAGCUGAUUUCUUCCCUCGGCCACAUUUCCCGCCAGGGCCCUAAGCCGCUGGUCGACAGCUUGAUGUUGUGGCGCAAAGGCAAAGGAGAUGCCGCCGCUAACAAGAAGAAGGAAGUGUACCAAGCUCGCCUCCAGGCCGGGGGUACGGCUUCGCAUCUUCCUAUAUCCUUACCACGUCGUCAUACAGAGCCUCUACAAGGCCCUGGAGAGUCCAGCAUACCCCAGGCUACUCUGGACAAUCCUUCCUCUGCCGAAGAAGCCUUGAUCCAACAGUACAUCCUCGCUGACCGACGCGCCACAAUCUCUGUUUACAUCUUAUGUAGAGUCCUAAUUGCUAUCUUCGAGCAAAGCUCCAUGGCGGCCAUCACCCAGGAUCUGGCAAACAAACUGGAGGACAUCGUCUUUACUCAAAUCAAAGAGGUCGAGCCCGCUCAAAUAAUGACCUCCACCAUUCGCCUGGCCAAUUGGAGGAUAUAUGGCCAAGUACUCGGUCACAUGAGUCGACUUGACUUUGUCAACGUAACCGCUCGCUUCACUCAGCAACUUGACCUUUGGCAGAAGGAGUUUGCCAAAAGCUCCGGCACCAUGGUUGCGAGAGAACUCGAGGCCAGGCUUGAACUACUGCUCCUGAGUAUGCGACAUAUCCACAUUAGUCCAACCAGGGAAGCUGCUCUCCCAGUCGCAGAUUUGUUGCGAACCCUUGCUUCUCUGUUUGCAGAUGCUCACGGGCCUCGUGUCAAGCAAGCCUACUGCCAGCUUUUUGAACGGCUUUUGACUGGAGUAGCCAGCAAUCCAGAAUGCUUUCAGGCCGUACCCAAGUGGAAAGAAUUCAUCGAAGCCAUAGAUUCCAGGCUCGGCAACAUGCUCGUCAAGGUCCGCCAUUGGGCAACAGGCUUUCCGGUCUCCAUCCUCCUCCUUUGCAUUUCUCCGCUCGAAACCUUCACCGCACAAUGGUUCCCAAUGAUCACAUCCCUAAUUCCUAAACUCAAGGACAGAUCAACUCGUGGGCAGACACUGCAAGCCAUAUGUCAGCUCGUCUGGACAUAUCUCAUGCGAGUCUCCGAAUCUGCACAGUCCCGGUCGCGAAAACUGGAAGAGAUUAUCAGAAUUACCCUACCCCAGGGCAGGAAGAUGCAGGCCUCAUUCGACCCGUCCUUGACUGCACCAUUGGUCCAACUCAUUCGAGUCGUUGGGUACGCCUCUCAGGAUCUUUGCUUCCGCUCAGUCAUCUUUCCAUUGGUUCAUUUAGACAUGUUUCAAUCAAGCAGAAGCCUCAAGAUUGAGAACAUGGAGCCAGAGAGGAUGGUCAUUGGUAUUCGAUCCUUCUUGGCCAUCAUGGCUGACCUUGAAAAGGAGGGUAACAGAGCCCCUCCAUUUCCCGCAUUUGGUUCUCCUACACCGACCCUCGACCCUUUGUCCCCAUCCCCAGCGAACACUCGUUCCGCGCUAAACAUUGAUUUGCCCGUGCCAGCCACCCUCGAGGACGACGAUCCACCUUCGGUCUCGGUCAAUAUAGCACGUCUUGACGACAACUCUCGACAGUAUUAUCUUCAAUUCUGUCAAAUCUUGGGCAAAAUCACCAUCCUCUGUGACAACACAUUCGGUGGCCAGGCCACUCUCAACGAGAAAUUCUCGACAACGAGCCUAACGCCCAAGACUCCUUUGGCCGAUGCUUUUACCUUGGCACGAUCCCAGGAUGGUUUGGCCUCAGAUCAGAAGCAGGCCUAUUACGAGCUCCUGCAUGUUGCUAUUCAAGCUCUCCCCCGUUGCUUUACAGAUCACAUACCUCUGAAUCCCUUGAUCAAUUUGCUCUGUACGGGGUCAGCACACGUACAAGCCAAUAUUGCCGCAUCUGCAACACAGUCCCUGAAAGCCAUCGCUCGCCAAGGUCAUGCCCAGGCGGUGGCAAUUGCCUUCCCACGUUUCAUUUUUCACUACGAUUCGCAGUAUUCGACCAUGUCUGAUGAGGGUCGCCUCGGGCCUGCUCACAUUGAAUCCACGCUCUCCCUCUAUCUUGACCUGCUGCAAAUAUGGACAGAGCAGUUGAGGCAAAAGGCCAUGGCUAGUGCGUCGGACUCUAGGGACCGUGGAGGGACAAGCGCGACUCGAGCACUGCAGAUGGAGUUGACCAAUGUCAUACCUCUUGUAGACGAGAUCGAAGCCUAUGGCUUGUUCUUUUUAUGCUCUCAGUCGCGACGUGUGAGGGCUUUCGCGAUCAAAGUUCUCCGCUUCGUCAUUCAAUUUGACAAAGUCCUCGGUGAGGACGAGCCGACUCGGAUUGUGAAAGUCUUGGAACAACAGUCAUCUCAGAUCCUGAACCUUCAGGAUGAUGCCCUCAAUGCGGCAGAGCGCAUUAGACUGCAAAAGGACAAGCGAGGAAACACAGGGCAAAGCACACUGAUAGAGAUAUCGAGUUCCGAAGUCUCGUACGAUGCUACAUUAUGGUCAAAGGCGUUUCCAAACCUCAUCCGAGUCAUCUUCGAUGCAUGCCCAAACGCAAUCGCCUUAUGCAGGGGAACAGUCACAGAACGUCUGGUAAUGAUGCAGAACGAUAUCGAGGGAUUAUCUGAGACCGUGGAUGGCCCAGCAGCACUUUACGAGUAUCGCACCCAAGGACGCAGCUCUGCCACAUCCUCCGAAGUACUCUUUGAACAGUGGAAAUUGUACCUUGUCAUGGCUUGUGUUACGAUUAGCUCCCCAGGAGCACAGUCGCAGAGCCAACUUGCUGACGCGGCACACGCCAGGAAGACAUCCAAAGGCCCUGAUCGUCCCAACGACAAAUUGAGCUCCGCAAGAGCCUUGUUUUCUGCAAUAAUUCCAAUGCUCGGUGCGACUCCCGACGCCAUUCGAGAUGCAGUGGUUUCGGCACUCGGUGCCAUCAAUCGCAAGCUAUACAGGACAUUGCUCGAAUCUCUGCAGUACGCUGUAAUCAAAUGCAAUGACGAAGCUAAAGCAAGAAUCAACCAUCAACGUACACCAAGCAGCCCUCAACGGUCACAGAAGACCGAACGGCUCAGAACCGAGGUCACUCAUGUUUACAAACUGACCGCGUCUUUCUUGCGCGAGGAAGAUACUUUCAAUGAUGAAUGGAUUCUACAGAAUCUUGUCACCUACACCCGCGACCUGCGGUUGUUUCUCAGUGACACUGAUGUCCAAAACGACUGGCGCUUCCAGCGGCUCCGGUACCACUUCUGUGGUUUGGUCGAGGAGGUUUUUGAAGGGGUGAGUCGCACCAAGGACCCUGCUCGAUGGAUGCCAUUCGAGUCACGCAAGUCCGCCUUUGCUCUGAUGGAAGACUGGUGCGGCUACCCUGCUGAGCAGAAUCUUUUCGAUGCAAAUCAAGGUCAGGGCAGAGAAUUGCAUGAUCGUGGAAAUCCCAGCGUAGCCGUCGAGAGAGAAAAGCACAAUCUUCGCAUAGCUGCACUGAGUGCCAUGGCGGCAUUGUGCGCAGGGCCCGUUUCGAUCAAGACAGACAGCAGUGCUGUUUUGUCCUUCAAUCUACAACGAAUGCUGUCCUGGAUUGAUACCAUUCUCGCAACCAACAAUCACAGGAUGCAUGCGAUCGGUCGACGCGCCUUGAGGCUACUCCUGAUCCACAAUCCCGACCACCCACAGAUUGCCGAGCACGCCAUCGAGAAAUGUUACGCGCCACCCUCUGAGAUGGCUCUCGAAAGUUACUUCGGUGUUAUUUGCGAGGUUUUGGUCAAGCAGUCAGACUACCCUAUUCCAUUCUGGAAGAUUUUGACACUGGUCAUCUUCACACUUGGGAAUGAAGACCAGGAUAUUCGCAUCAAGUCCGCUCAUCUUAUCCGCACGUUAGACGAGCGACAGCGCAAGAGCACAAACCUCCAAGACUUUGACAUCAGCAUCUCAGACAAGACCCGUGCGGUGUACAAAUUGGCGCAGUUCGAAUACUCGAAACGACUUUCGAAAGCCAAUGCUGACCUGGCUUUCAUGGUCUUUUCUGAGUUCUCCCUUCAUUACAUGCCCGCUCGAAAUGAUCAUCAGCGACAUAUGGUUGCCGCAAUACUACCGUGGCUUCAAACCAUCGAGCUGCAGGUAGAUCCUGGCACCGGGGGACCAACAGCGAUGUCGUACAUGCUCCUGGCGAACAUGUUCGAAAUCACCGUCUCAUCCAUCAAAACAUUACACAACGAGGUCCAGGCUUUAUGGCAAGCCCUGGCUACCGGUCCACAUGCAGGAAAUGUGCAGUUGAUCCUCAAUUUUCUCAUCGAUUUAUCUCUAGAACGACGCGACCAGAAUUUUGUCGAACACGCGAAACAAGUAGUAGUCUAUCUCUCGUCCACACCCGCUGGGUCACGGGUGUUUGAGUUUUUUAUGCUGCAACUCACUCCGAAGAACAUGGUCAACGAGAAGAAGAACGUGGGUCCCGCUGUGACGGAUACAAGAAGUCUACCCUAUGUUGCGGACCUAAGUUCUUUGCUGCCCAUUGGCAACAAGCAGGCUGGUUUAUCAAUGGGCCAUGUGUCACUGAUCUUCUUGGUUGAUCUUAUGGUAACUCCAAUCAUCAUGGUCAAGGACGAAGUCAUCAAACUUGUCCAUGCUGUCCUUAUUCUAUGGGACCACUAUAACAGUACAGUGCAGGAGCAAGCCCGAGAGAUGCUUGUGCAUCUGAUACAUGAGUUGGUGACCACCAAGAUUGACACAGAGCUUCUCAUGUCCGCCAAACCCAAGAUAGAAAGUCUUGUAGAGGCCGCCCGCACCAAUGAUACUCGCAUCACAUGGUCGUAUGAACACAACACCCGCAAAGACGAAGAUGAUGGGGCUAGUCGUGUUCCUCCCGCAAUGUCAAUUCUGACAUCGGACUUGGUAUCAAUCUUCAAUCUCGCCUAUGAGAAUUUCAGCGACAGUUGGGCCAAGGAGGCUCUUCACUGGGCUUCCAUCUGCCCAGUGCGACAUCUCGCAUGCCGUUCAUUCCAGGUCUUUCGCUGCAUAUCUGUCACCUUGGACGCUAGGAUGCUUGCGGAUAUGCUCGCCCGCCUGUCAAACACCAUCGCCGAUGAGCAAACUGACUAUCAGACCUUUUCCAUGGAGAUAUUGACAACGUUGAAAGUCAUUAUAGGUGCCUUGGAGCCGAAAAACCUCUUACGCUACCCACAAUUGUUUUGGACCACAUGUGCCUGCCUAAAUACAAUUCACGAACGCGAGUUCUAUGAGACCGUGGGAAUGUUAGAGAAGCUAAUUGAGAAGAUCGAUUUGUCAGCGACGGAUGUCACCGAAGCAAUGCUCAAAGGACAACCAUCAAAAUGGGAGGGAGGCUUCGACGGUCUGGAACCUUUGCUGUACAAAGGGCUCAAAUCCGCCGACAGCCUCGACAAGACCCUGCUUCUUCUUCACAAGCUGGCGAUCCUUCCAGACUGUGAUCUUGUCGGCAGGAAUGACCGGUUGGCUUACUGCAUCUUUGCAAACCUUCCUCGACUCUUGCGGAGUUUCGAUCUAGACACAAAUGAUUCCAUGUCCAUCGCAGCGGCGCAGAGGUUAUCCCAGAUUGCAGCUGGGAGGGGUCACAACAUCCUCGCGACGUCCUUGCAACGCUUCAUUGAUAAGACGUACUCGACAAGUAGGGAUCUGAUGACUGGCAUAUUGCAAGCCUUGCGAGUCACAUAUUUCCCAGCAUUCGAUGCCCAGGCCCUCAUUUUCAUGAUCGGGCUUUUAACCAACAAAACGGGAUGGUUCAGAAUCAAGGUCAUGGACAUCUUGUGUGAACUAAUACCACUCGUCAAUAUGAGAGAUCCUGCAGUCACAGCCCACGGCCCAGAUCUGAUCUCACCUCUUCUUCGAUUGCUUCAGACUGAACAUUGUGCACAGGCACUUGAAGUCAUGGAUUACAUUAUGGAAGUUGCCACGACCCCUAUGGAGAAGCACCAUAUGCGCAUGAGCAUGGCCAUUGGUCCAGCGAAAGCCAUAAGAAAGGAGUAUGAGAGUACCCGAAGUCUGUAUGGCAUACCACUUCCUUCCGGCUGGUCCAUACCAAUGCCCGCGAUCUACUCAGCGAUGACUCGGCAUAAUGUGCAUGCAGUGUUCUCUACAUGUGGAGACUCUGAAGCAAUGACGGCACAAAGUACUACCACUCCUGACAUUGAAUUUUCAGGCGAUGAUGGGUACACCGACUCAUACUUCCCUUCACAAAGCAGGGCCGAAACCAUUCGAUCUAUGGAGGUAGCUGCGGACACAAACGUCAGUGACCUUGUCAACACACUGGAUAGUCUCGAUGACUUUUUCGAAGACGUGGAUGAAGACAAUGUCUUGACACCAACAGGUAGCAGCCACCUAUCUGCGACUCUGAGCAUUCCUACAUUCCCAGAGCACAGUACGGCACUCUACGAUGAACAAACUGCGCCGAUACUGCGCCAGAGCCUUGCAAGCUCAUCCUCGACUAAUGUCCAGAACGGUUUCAGCGAGACCGGAAUGCUACCAGGCACCACUCAUCGCAAACAGCCGAGUUCUUCGUCGCCUAGUUACAGCACAUACAGUAGUCUGACGCAGUCUUCAUUCAGCUCGAUCGGCGAAUUGGGUGGACCAGGCCCAUCUCUUCCUACGUCUACCACGAAGAAGAUUUCAGCUCAAACGGCAAUCACCAGCCCCAUCAGUCAAACCCGCCCAGGCCUGCAUGCUCGGUCAAUCACGUCACCAGCCAACCAAUUCGCAGCGUCACAUCCUACGUCUGAAGGGCUACCAGGACUUCCUCUUGGCGGAUCUUUCAGAACACAGGACGACUACACAGAUCAAGAUGACGAUGCAGUACUAUCGGACGGAGAAAACAGCCCAUUCCCAUCGCUGAUUGUUCCACCGUCUGGACAAUCACGCCUUUUAUCUGGGCCAGGACCGUCAGAGUACCAACCUCUCUAUCCAUCUUCAACAGAAAGUGGUGGGUCAUUUAGCUUGCAAGGGAUGCGAAGGGGCAUGCGACGGCUGACAGGUGGAAAGAGUGAGAGCAACAGGGAGAAAGAGAAGGUCCGAGAGGGCACUCGGCUGAGAGGCCAGUCUGGAGGGUAUAACCCUGCCGCGGCCGCACUUCAAAGCCCACGAGUACCAAAAGUCCCGCUGGAGUAUCUCAACGCCAGCAACAGCAAUCUCACAAGCCUGAGUCCGACUAACAGUCCAGGAGUCUAGAUGGGCAUAUGUGUUGCCAUCUUUCUCGAAGGUCUUGAUCGUUCCUGCAUGUCCCUAGGGUCUGAGAAUGAAUACAACAGGCUCCCUUGGCUUGAUGACUUGCCUGACUUGACAUCUGAGGAUGUGAGCUUUAGCUACCAAGACCGGUGUGUCUGACCAAAGCGCUUUACCAAUACAAAAGCACCGUUUAGCCACGAUCUAUUACAAUAUCAACAGCAAUUGCAUACAAGCCUCAUCGAUCAAGCAGAGGACCGGCGCCAGUAGAACUUUUCUAGGAUAGAAGGAAAAAGCCUUUCCAUGUGUAUGACUAGAAAGAGACGUUGCACAACGCAUAAAGAACAGCAUCAAGAGUUUGGAAAGUCGUUGCCAAUGCCCUCUGUCUGGCUACAUCAGGUGACAUCCAACAUUGAAACCGGACAUUACGCGAAGUGGUGCUCACAACAUUGUAAUUGGUGUUUUACUCUUUGAGCAGUCCAGACAACGGGAGGGAACUCUGGAAUAGGAGGAUGCGUGGCCCCCACAUGGGAUGUCCUUGAUGUACUAUAUGCUAGUCAAUUGAGCGGUCAGCACUCUACCCAUCCUUCUCAUCAAUAUCGACAACGACAUGAUUCUAACUAUAUGGGAAAACUCCUACUCGGCUCUUGAAUGCAAUGUCCUGACCGAAUACGCGGAAGGAUCGAAUGCUUUCUGAUUUGUUCAUGACGGGAGGAAGUCGCUUGAGAUGAGCGAGAGAAUAGGGAUGUCUAUCCUCCGUUCUGUACGCGGUAGCCAAGGAACAUGGAAUGUACCUCAGGUACCUCUACAACUACAGUCACAGUCAAAGUACUUUUUACAAGGUCUAGACACGGCUGGAAAGGUCUUGGAAUCUGAAAGUGGAAUGAAUUGCGGGUACAUCUACCUUAAACAGUUAGCCACUCAAUCCCAAACCUACUGCGUGAAGAUCUAAAGUCCUACUGUACGAGUACAUACGGAGUACAUGUACCUAGAUGAUGCCUUUAUCAUGCAUGGGCUUGCGCCCUUUGCUUGUUAUGUUGGCAUUGGCAAUGCUUGGGCAGAUACACCAACAACCAAAAUACCAAAGUCGAUGACUCAAUGAGGUUAGCCAGGUCCCGUUGAUUAGUGUGCAUGCAUCCAACAAAGUCCCUCCCCCCUUUUUUCUUUCUUCGUACUUUUGUGCCGCAGAGAGUCACG